AUGUUACCUGAGCUUCGUUAUCUAUUCUUAAGCAAAAAUUACAACCUUCUGGGUACCAUUCCAUUAUCACUUGGCAACAUCACAAAAUUGAAGUACUUGGCAGUGGAGAGAAGCGGGUUGACAGGUUCAAUUCCUUUUUCUAUCUUUAAUCUCUCCUCACUGUUGUACAUUUUUCUUCCACAAAACACCAUCUCUGGCACUCUGCCUGAUGAAUUUUGCCUCAAUUGUCCAAAUCUUGAAGAGUUAGUUCUUUCUUACAACCAGAUAAAUGGCCCACUUCCUUCUAUGCUAUACUUGUGUCAAGAGCUUACACAAUUAGUUCUGUAUAAUAAUAGUUUAAAUGGAAGUAUAGCAGAAGAAAUCGGGAGUCUUCCUAAGCUUGAGAAGUUUUAUAUUGGAAAUAAUAAGAUUGCUGGAACCAUCCCAUGUUCUCUGGGCAACAUUUCAAGUUUGGUGCUACUGUAUUUAGGGGAUGACCAUAUUCAUGGAAACAUUCCUGGUGAUUUGGGUCGCCUUUCAAAACUAAUUGAAUUUAAUAUUGAAGUGAAUUACCUCACUAGGGCAAUUCCUCAAGAAAUAUUUAACAUCUCCUCCCUACAAUCCAUUUGCCUUGAUUUUAAUGAUCUCUAUGGAAACCUCGCGGAAACUGUUGGGCAUCAGCUUCCAAAUCUUAUGUUGCUUCAGCUGCAAAACAACCAACAUGGUGGAAACAUUCCUGCAUAUUUGUCUAAUUCUUCCAGGCUAACAAGGUUAAAUCUAGAAGUCAACUUAUUUACUAGACCAAUGCUGACAAAUUUUGGAAAUUUGCAGCUACUCCAAGAAAUCAAUGUUGGAAACAAUCAGCUAACAAGAGAUCCUGGAAGUCUGGAACUUCAUUUUAUCACUUCUUUGACAAAUUGUAGAAGCAUGGAAAAUCUGGUUGUUGAUAACAACCAAUUCAAUGGCAUCUUACCAAAUUCUAUUGGAAAUCGUACAAGUCCCCUUCUACUUUUUGCCGCAUCUAAUUGCCAAAUAAUAGGUCACAUUCUUAGGGGAAUCGGUUAUUUUGAAAACUUGAAUACACUUUUUCUGGCCAACAAUGGUCUGAAAGGAACCAUCCCAUCAACAAUCGGGAAAUUACAGAGCCUACAAAGAUUGCAUCUUGAUGGAAACAAGAUGGAGGGCAUCAUUUCAAAUGAGCUUUGUUUUUUAAAAAAGUUAGGAGAGUUGUCACUCCAAAACAAUGGCCUCUCUGGACCAAUCCCACCUUGCAUAGGAAAUAUUAGUCUUCUACAGAAGUUUGAAGCAUGGUUCGCUAACCUGUCGAGAUUUGCCCCAGAGUUAGUGGAGACGGAGGAACUGCGUUGUUCAAAGUUUGAGAGUAGGCUGUGUGACGACAUCCGAGAAAGGAUUGCUGGGUCUUGGCAUAGGAGUUAUAGUGUGCUUGUUAAGGCGGCAGCUCAUGUAGAGGCAGCGGUGCUAGUUAUGGUACAAAAUAGGGAGGAGGCCAUUUUGGCGACUCUUGUAACUCAGAGUGUUGGUAGGCCUUUUAAAAGGCAGAAGGGUUUUAACCCACAACUACUUCAGAGAGCUCAGUCUAGCUCUACCUUUCCAGUGCCGAGUUUAUGUUCUGGAAAGGGUAAGUGGAGGGUUGUCACUUGUUUCAAAUAUGGUCAGCUGGGCCAGAAGUCUCUAGCUUGCCCACAGAGGAAGAGGGCAGGGUUGGCAGUUCGACCAGUAGUUGCACCACCAGAAUCAUCUAGCCAACCAGGUUUUGGACCGAUCAAAUGCUCAUUGGGGAAGCAGUCAUUGGGGUCCCUAUCAGUUCAGACUUUGAACCAGUCACGUACUUGGAAGCCACUUACUUGUUGGGUGUGUAAUCAGCCAGGUCAUAUCAAACGUUUAUGUACCCAGCCAGGGGCUUCUUUGGGAGUUUUGCAACCUAAUUUGGUUAAGCUUUAUUCGACUGGGCAAGGGCAAUACCAUUAUGAGGAAUAA